CAAAAAAAGGCGGAAAAAAUAUAUAAAACGAUAAAUCGAAAGAGUGUUUGUCUAACAGUGAGACGUUAAAAGAGUCGGGAUUAUCCGGUCACUCCUGCGACCGAUUUCUCCGAGCCGAUGAAGCUGACGGAGGCCAAGAUGGAGCCGCUGACGCCACCCCACACGCCCCCGUCUUCGGGGGGGACCGAUCACCACCCGGCCUCACCGCCUCAGUGGAUCCGCUCGCCUCAGCACCUCCACCAGCAGCCGCAGCAGCCCUCCGGAUACCACGCGGCCUUCCUCGACCACUGGCUAAGGGGCGCCGCCCUCCUCGCGGCCAGGGGAUGCUGUCCCCAGCCAGUUUCGCACCCUCAUCCUCACCCGCACCCCCAUCCUUACGCGCAUCCUCACCCCCUUCCCCAUCAGCUUCCGAAUCCUCACGUGCAGUCAACGGGCCACGCGAGACAUCCGGGGCUUCCGGUUCCGCCCCCGGCAUCCUUCAUGACACGAAGAUCGCCCGGACAGCGGCCCAAGAAACAAUUUAUCUGCAAGUUCUGCAACAGACAGUUUACCAAAAGCUACAAUCUACUCAUCCACGAGAGGACUCACACCGACGAACGUCCCUACAGCUGUGAUAUUUGCGGGAAGGCGUUCAGGAGGCAGGAUCACCUCAGAGAUCAUCGGUACAUCCACAGCAAGGAGAAGCCAUUCAAGUGCGGCGAAUGCGGGAAAGGAUUCUGCCAGAGCAGAACCCUCGCCGUUCACAAGAUCCUUCACAUGGAGGAAUCGCCCCACAAGUGUCCCGUAUGCUCCCGCAGCUUCAACCAGAGGAGCAAUCUGAAGACCCACCUGCUCACCCACACGGACGUCCCCCAGGACCUCAGGGUCGAGCCACAAACCGUCCCAGUUCUUCCUGUAAAUGCAACCGUGCCGGUCGUCAGGCACGCAACUCAACACGAGAGGAUCACGAACGGUCUUCACGCCAACCAGAGGACGACGACGACAACGAUGACGACGACGACGACGACGGUGUCGACUAGGCCAAAGCUAGGAUUCAGUAUAGAGGAUAUCAUGAGACGCUAAGGUCCUUUCCAGGACACGCAGUUCUCUCUCACAGUAUUAACUAAUCAUUAUGUAUUUUUAGUAUUACUCUUAAGUCUAAUGUAGGAUAUAUAUAUGCAUUAUAUACGUAUAUAGUUACGAGUGCGUUUCAA